AUGACGCUCGAACAAACCAAAACUCCUUUCUCUGAGCUCGAUCACCUUGAGGACUCGAAUGAUGGCUCACGGACCAUUCCCGAUGAAAGCCCAGUGCAUAUUGAUGCCGCCGAGGAAAAGAAGCUUCUAUGGAAGAUCGAUAGGCGCUUGGUCACCAUUACUGGCCUGGGAUACUGCAUGUGCCUUAUGGAUCGAGGCAACCUCUCUGCUGCCUCUAUCGCAGGCAUGACUACGGAUCUUGGCCUCGAAGGGAACAACCGCUACAGCAUUAUCCUCCUGGUGUUCUUCAUUCCAUAUGUCCUUUUCCAGGCACCAAUGACACUUUUGACUCGGAAAGUGGGUGCUCGUUUGUUUCUGUCCACAAUCACCCUUCUCUGGGCAGGAUUACUAGUGGGUAUGGGCUUCGUGAAGGAAUGGGACCAACUGGCCGGUUGUCGAGUCAUCUUGGGGGCCCUGGAAGCGGGAUAUUUCCCCGGAGCCGUCUAUCUCCUUACGUGCUGGUAUUGCCGAUAUGAGAUUCAACAAAGAGUGGCUGUGUUUUACAUUUUUGGAUGCUUGUCCUCUGCGGCUGGCGGUAUCCUCGCCUAUGGCCUGAUGCAAAUCGGGGGAGCUGGGGGCCUGCGAGGCUGGCGUUGGAUAUUGAUCGUCGAGGGUCUGAUCACAAGCGUGAUUGCUUUGCUCAGCUACAUUUUCCUUGUUGAUUUCCCUGACAUGGCCGCCAAGUCGUGGAAUUUUUUGACUGAUCGAGAGAGUAUGCAUGUCAUCUGGCGGAUCAACAAGGAUCGUGAAGAUGUGACCCCUGAGCCCUUCAAUCUCACAAAGUAUCUUGCGUGUGGCAAGGAUUUAAAGAUCUGGGCAUUUGCAAUGAUUUUUUUGGUCACAAACGUGGUCAACUACUCGAUCUUGUAUUUCUUGCCCAUUAUCCUCAAAGACGGGAUGGGUUUCAGCACUGCCGCUGCGCAGUGUCUAGUUGCUCCCCCAUACGCCUUUACAGCAUUCUGGAUGUAUAUGACCGCGUGGGUUGGUGACCGAUAUCGAGUCCGAGGACCGAUCAUCGUUUUCAACUGCUUGGCUUGCAUUAUUGGUCUCCCAAUCAUGAGUCUGGCAAAACUUAGUGGUGUUCGCUAUUUUGGCGUCUUCCUUGUCACCGCAGGGUCGAAUUCAAAUACACCAUGCGCCGUGGCUUACCAAGCUAACAACAUUCGUGGACAAUGGAAGAGGGCGUUUUCCAGCGCCAGCUUGAUUGCGGCGGGAGGGAUCGGCGGCAUAAUCUCGAGUGUGGCAUACAGGGCGCAAGAUGCGCCUACCUAUCGCCCUGGCAUCUGGACAUCAUUUGCGUUCAAUUGUCUGAACGUUGCCGUUGUCGCGAUCCUGACAUUGUACUUCCGUCACUGCAAUCGAAAGGCUGACGCCGGUAGUCUGGUCAUCGAGGGGCUUGAGUCGUUUAGGUACACGAUUUGA